AUGAAGCAGCAAGGAAAAAGUAACAGCUGUAGACUCUGCAGUUGAGCUUAAGGGCUGAAUAGAGAACUGCUGUGGCAAUAAAGAUUCAAGUUGAAUUUAUUAAAAUAUUAAAUGUCCGCAGGGAAAUUAUGGCACAAUAGAGGCAUGUUGAAGAGCUGCUAAACAAGCAAUACAAUAACCGUCCCAGGGACACUGCUUCUUGUGCCGGCUGGAACAGAGCAACAAUGGACUGGAAACAAGUGCUUGUUGUCUCCUGCCUCGUGACUCUCGUGCUCCUGAUUGUUCUUGAAGGAGGCAAUGCCACGGCUGUGGGUCCCACAAAAGCAGCAGCUGGAGAAUCAAGCAAGGAAAGCAUGAAAAAAAGAGUCUUCAUGCAGGAGUCAGAUGCCUCUAACUUUUUCAAGAAACGAGGCAAGAGAGCUACAAAAUCCAGAGAUGAACUCAAUGCGGAGACCCGCCAGAUGCUGGCAGCAGAUGAACAAAGGAGGGAGUACUUUGAAGAACAGAGGAAUGAGUUUGAGAACUUUGUGGAGGAAGAGCGUGACGAGCAGGAUGAGAGAAGCCGAGAGCAGGUUGAGCAGUGGCGUGAAUACCAUUAUGAUGGCCUCUACCCACCCUACGAAUACAAUCGACACGUUGUCUAGAGCAAACAGGAAAAACACAUAGCCUAGUGUGUGCUCAGUAUGUUAUUGGCACGACUAACUGUAAGGCAAUAUUUUUGAAAUCACGGUACUCUUAUUGAUCCUUUUCUACUGAACUUCCUUCAUCAACCAUUCUCAUUUUACCAUUGACUUUGCGGAUGUGUACCAUUUUGCUUUGUAUUUUUAAGCACUAGUAUGUAGAAGCCUUGGGACCCAGCUGCACAGGGCAAAACAAUCCAGACUUAUGUAUAUAUGUAUGUAUAUUAGCAAUUCUGCUUAUAACAGUGGUUCUCGACCUUGGGUCCUCCAGAUGACCUUGGACUAAAACUCCCAGAAUUCCUGGCUAGCACAGCUAGUGGUGAAGGUUUCUGGGGGUUUUAGUCCAAGAACAUCUGGGGACCCAAGGUUGGGAAUCACUGGCUUAGGAAAAAUGGAUAAACGUUAUUCUAAAAUGACUACUCUAUUUUAAGAGGGGCAUUGUAUACAAAGUCAGUUUGCACAGUAUUUCACAUGAUUUUAGGAAAUGGGUCAAAGAAUAUUGACUUAACUUUUUGCAUUUGAGGAAGUGGGCUAUAGUCCACAAAACCGCAUGCCAAAUAAAAUUUGCUAGCCUUUUAGAGUGCCUCAAUUAUUCUGGUUAUGCAAAUGUUUGCUUAUUAAAGAUAUUUUAGCCAUUUGGAAUUUCUUUCCUUUCUCAC